AUGACCGACAUUGAUAUUACACCUCCUCCCGUACCUCCAAAGGAUGAUUUCCGUCCAAUUACACCUCCAAAGGACUUUCCCAGAACAAAUUCUUGGGAUUAUGCGUCCACUUCAACAGUGAUUGUUGAGGAUUCGAAUUCAACCUCAAAUACCUUUCCUGGAGCAAAGGGAACAAAUAAAAAUCUAGCUAACCAACUUACCUCAUCUUUGGAUGAAAUAUUCGUCGAACCAAUCAACAUUGCAGAGAGUACUAAUAAAACAUCUGUCUAUGAACCACAAAUAGUUCCAUCAUCUUCCGGCGAUAACGAUCCGGUUGUCGCCACUCCCUCAGGUGAAAUCCCUGUUGCUCCAAUAAGAGGAAACUCUUCCCCUGAGUCAUCCCCCGAACCGUCAAUAAAAGUCUCAGAUCCCAUUACCGCUAACACCAAACCUGAUGAUCCUCCAAAAGUAAAAAAGUCGAGUAGUCUGACAAAUCUUUUUCGCAGGCUUAGUUAUCGAAAAAGAGGGGAGAGGAGCAACAGUUCGAGCACUAUGGUCGAGGAUCAAUCUAAUGACACCGGCAAAUUUUCAACGGUGCCAAAAGCAAAGUCGGAAAGUAAAAAAAGUGGUUUCGGCUCUUUAAUCGAGAGAUUUAAUCUUAAGUUUUCUUCUACCAAUAAUCAUCGUGACACCGGACAAAUUCAAACCGACGAGAUCAACGACACCAACGGCAACACCUCAACUCUUUCAAGCCCUCCGAGAAUUGAUUGGUCACUGUCUUCUAACAAUAGAAGGGCCUUAAGGAAAACGGAUCUAAAACAGAAACAAAAAGAAGUUUUGGUUGAUG